AUGAAAGGUACAAGAGUAAAUGGUCUUUAUACACUGCAAGGUACUACUGUAACAGGUGAUGCAACUGUAUGUUCUUCAAUUUCAGAAUAUGAGACUACCAAGUUGUGGCAUAUGCGGUCAGGGCAUAUGAGUGAGAGGGGGUUGGAUGUUUUGAGCAAGCAGGGAUUGCUUUGUGGUCAUAAAACUGGUAAGCUUGAUUUCUGUGAACAUUGUGUCUUUGGGAAUCGAUGUAGAGUUAUGUUUAGUACAACUAUUCAUAACACCAAGGGUAUUUUGGAUUAUAUUCAUUCUGAUCUUUGGGGUCCUUCUCGGGUGGAGUCACAUGGUGGUGGUAGAUAUAUGUUGACAUUCAUUGAUGAUUUCUCAAGGAAGGUAUGGGUAUUCAUACUUAAACACAAAGAUGAAACUUUUUUCAAGUUCAAGCAAUGGAAGACUAUGGUUGAGAAACAAACCGGAAGACAAAUCAAGUGCUUGAGGACAGAUAAUGGUUUGGAAUUUGGUGGGGGUGAGUUCAGUGAAUCUGCAAGGAGCAAGGGAUUGUGA